AUGUCAAGGAUGUCCAGGUCUGGGGCCUUCCUCCCCCCGCUGUGGCCGCAGCCUCCAGGGGAGCCGGGGGCUUCCGGAGAGAAGGCGGGGCCAGGUGGCGUUUGGCAUGACAGCAAAUUCGAGCCAGGACCCUUGUGGCCUCCCAGAGGUCAGCUGUGGUGGGCCCGGGCCAUUCAGGGACAGGAUGGGACUAGCAAAGAAGAAGAGACAGACUUGGUGGAAUGGGCCGGGAGAGGAGCGGACCGGGCUUCCUUCUCUGGACCCCGCAUGCCUGCGACCCUGCAGCGGCUCCGAGCAGUCCUGCUGCGGCUUCAGAGGGAGCGGGAGCAGCUCCUCUUGGCCCGGGACUGUGCUCGGUCCCUUCAAACCACUUUGUGCUUCUUGAAAGCCCCUCAGCCCUUUGCUGCCCUGCCCCAGCUAUGCUGGGAGCUGCUUCCACACAGUUGUCAUGGGACCAUCCUGCACUUUAGGACUUUCAGUGAUCCCCCGUUUCGAUCUCUGGCACUUCCUCUUGGCUUAGCAAUACAGAGGCUGGACGUGGCAAUUGAAGAGCAGCUAAAGAUCUUGGGCCAGGCUUCUCCCAGUCCUGCCCUGGUGUCCCAGAUCAGCGAACUACUUCAAGUUCUCCCUGCCUACCACCAGGUGCUGGCAGUGGCCCUGGAGGGUGUCCCCAGAGCAGCCCAGCCCUUUCCACCUAGUCGUGUGCUCAGACUUUUGGCCAGGGAACGUGGCAAACAAGGAGCAGAGAGACUCUGGAAAGGUCUACAGGAAUCCAAGCUUCAGACCCAGCUACAUAAGCUUUGCAGGGAAGAACGAGAGUUGCUUCCUGGAUUGUUGGGCCUGCUGGGAGACACAGGGGCUCCUGGAAGUGGCUCCCGGGGAUUGGGAGGGUCCCGGCAGCUCUGGGGCCAGUACUGGAGCCUUUUCUGGGCUGCAUGUGCUCAGAAUCUUGGUCAGAGACUGGGACCUUGGGAGGACAUUCAGAUGACUGUGCAGGAGCUGAAACAAGCACUAGGUCAGACAUCCCUGCCACAGGAAUGUGAGAAGGAGCUGACUUCCCUGUGCCACUGUUUGCUCCGACAGGCACUGACCCAGACAUGGGACCAAGGUUUUUGCCGAGCCUUGGCAUCUGCUCGUGGGGAUCAAAGAGUUAUGCCCACAUCUUGGGAUGGGAUUCCCUGCAUGCACACUACUGACCUCCUUCAACAACUCUUUCGUUCUCUUAUUUCUGCACUUAGAGAACCAGGGCCAGCUUCCUGCCAAUUUCCUGGGCCAGAGCCACCACCCCUAGCCCUUGGGCUUUGCACUCUUCAGGCCACCACCCUCUGGCUUCUCAGCAAAUCUCAACAGCAUCUGGCCUCAUGGGCCCCAGGACCUCUCUUGCUGCUGACCCAGAGGGAACUGCCUCUUCUACUCUGUGAGGCAGAAUCCCUAGCAGCCCUAGUUUCUGAAGGGGCAUCUGUACUGGAACUAGACCGACAGCUAGGAAGAGAGAUUCGAAGACUGACCACUCGGAUCCAGGUCCUGCCUGAGGAAUCUCUGUGUCUCUUCUCCCGAGAAUGUUGGCGACAAGCUGCUAAGGGCUUCCAGCUCCAUAUGCCCCAGGGUCGUCACUGGAGGCUCAGGCUUCGCUCUGAAUUCCCCAGCAUCCCCAGUGACUAUGCAGAAUUGGUAGUGGGAGCUGUCCUGGGGCCUGUGCUGCAGGGGGUACAGGGAUUUCCUCCCCAGGCCCAAGGGCCCCCACUCACACAGGCCCUGACUGCACUUCUUGACGCCUGGCUCAACCAUAUUCUCACUCAGAGGAUCCGGUUCAGCCUGCAGGGAGCACUGCAGCUGAGGCAGGAUUUUGCAGUGGUUCGGGGUAUGCUGGAGGAGGAGCAGUGGGGUCUGGCCCCUGAACUUCGUCAGGUUUUGCUCACACUCAGUGUCUUCCAGCGGGUGGAUGGAGCCCUGUUGUGUCUGUUGCAGCAGCCACUGCCUGGGAGCCGUACCUACAGAGGGUCCCCAUGCUGUUGUUCCUGUAAUAGGAUCCAGACCCCUGAACUACCCAGUAGCAGCCUCAACAGCCUAGAGAACCUAGAACCACCUCCCCUUCGUUCUGGGGUCACUCUUGUCCAGACAGCCCAGCUUCUCAACACUCUUCGGGGUGGUGGACCCAGUCCUGAGGCUUACCUGGCAGGCAACCAGCAGGCCUGGCUGGCCCUUCGGCACCACCGAUCCCCCCGAUGGAAUCUGCCUGGCUUUCUUUGCAUGAGAACUAGCCCUGAACCCUGAUAACAGAAUCUGGAAACUGGGGAAAUACAGAGGCCAAAAAAUUAAGCCCCAAAGAGCCUAGAAGUCUCUUUGACAACAGUCAGAACUAAGUCCAGAAGAGCUUAGAACCUGGAACCAGAGGAUGUUUGGAGCCCAGUGUCGGGAACCAGAGAGGCACCUAGAAGAGCUCAGCACCCAAAAUCCACAUGAGCUCUCAGGGUCUGCAGCCAUGUACCAAGAACUUGGUACCCAAAGGUACACAGAGUUUGACAUACAGCUACCAGAAAACAGAGGAAUCCUGAAUUACAAAUCCAGAGAAAUUUGAGCCAGGGAAGCCUGGGCCUUGUGUGGGCCUAAAGAUUGAGAACCUCUUGCCCUAGACUAGAUAUAAAGAACUCUACAGCAACAGAAGGGGAGGAAUCAGAAAAUCUUGCAUACAUCUCGGGCAGAAAGUGAAAAUAUUUGAGCAGAGGCUUAAAGAGAUGAAUCUGGCAGCAUCUCCUGGAUGGAGACCCGUAGAGACAGGAAGGAUGGUUGCCACAGCAAAGGAAGUUCCUCCAGGCCGUGAGCAGCGAAAAGGUGCGCGCUUCUAACCUCAACUGCACUGUGCAGGUGGACGUGCGGCACGACGGCUC